AUGUCUCUUCCAGUUUCAUCACUACUUUCUACUCAAACCCAGAAUUCAAAGUCUGUGGUAAAUCGUCCAGAAGCAAAUUUUCGUCCUAGCAUAUGGGGAGAUCGUUUCCUAUCUUUUGCUAACUCCAUGGAAACCGAUGGGUACUUGAAGCAAGUCCAGGAGCUAAAGGAAGAAGUGCGGAGAAUGCUAAUGGCUUCCAUCGAUAAACCAUCACAAAAGCUUGAGUUGAUUGAUGCGAUACAACGCUUAGGCGUAUCUUACCAUUUUGAAAGUGAGAUUGACUCUGUAUUACAACAAAUUCACAAGUACUAUUCUUCCAAUAAAGAUGAACUGGAAAUCUCUGGUCAUGGCCUCUACACCGUUGCUCUCCGCUUUCGAUUACUGAGACAACAAGGUUAUAACAUUCCAAGCGAUGUUUUCAACAAGUUUAAGGAUAGUAAGGGAAACUUCAGGGAGUCACUUGUUGACGAUGUGCGUGGCAUUUUAGCUUUGUAUGAAGCUUCGCAUAUGAGAGUGCAUGGAGAAGAUAUACUUGAUGAGGCACUUGAUUUUACUACCGCUCGCCUUGAGUCGAUGGUGAUUGUAGAUUCAAAUUUUUCUGUUGCUGUACAAGUAAGUCGUGCCUUACAGCGACCCCUUCGAAAGUGUUUGCCACGGUUAGAGGCGAGACAUUACUUGUCUAUCUACCAAGAAAGUGGUUCAUUUAGUGAGGUUUUGUUGAACUUCGCUAAGUUAGAUUUUAACAUACUGCAAGGACAACACCAGAAGGAACUUGCCCAUCUCUCAAGGUGGUGGAAAGAUUUAGACUUCGCAACAGAAUUAUCAUUUGCCCGAGAUAGGGUGGUGGAGUUGUACUUUUGGAUUUUGGGAGUGUACUUUGAACCCCAAUACACUCAUGCUAGGAGGAUUCUUACCAAAAUAAGUUGCAUGAUAUCAAUCAUAGAUGAUACAUUUGAUGCCUAUGGUACAUUAGAAGAACUCGUGCUCUUUACAGACGCAGUUAAAAGGUGGGAUAUCAACUGCAUUGACCAACUCCCCCAAUACAUGAAAUUGAUCUAUAAAGCACUCUUGGGUGUUUAUGAAGAACUUGAGGAAGAGAUGUCCAAGGAAGGAAGGUUCUACCGCGUUUACUAUGCAAAGGAAGGGGUAUAUACAUACAAGUCUAUGACACUAUCAAUUCACUUUAGCUUAAUCUUUUUUCAAGCAAAUGGGAUUUAUAGGCAUAAUAAUUUCGUUUGCUUUAAUGUUUUAACCAGAUGAAGAAUCAAGUUGAAGCCUACUUUGUUGAAGCCAAAUGGUUCAAUGAAAAAUAUGUACCCACGUUCGAGGAGUAUAUGAAUAACGCACUUAUAUCAUGUGCUUACCCCCUUCUUACAACCUUAUCUUUUGUUGGCAUGGGAGACAUCGUAACAAAGGAAGCCUUCGAUUGGGUCUUCAGUCACCCUAGGAUGCUUAAAGCAGCAGAAACCAUAAACAGGCUCAUGGAUGAUAUUGUUUCCACUGAUGUACUUAUAAUUAAUAGAUAGCAUGUC